GGCGCAACACAACACCGCGAUAACAGCUUUCGACACGGCCUACCAUCGCUGGGUUACUCUGCCCGAACGCCCGGAUACGACUUCCUCUGUUUAUAUUUCUUAGAACCUCUCCUUUUGUUACAGUCGACCAUGGCAGCCCCAGCAUCGAGCGGACUCAAGUUCCUGAGCAAUGCGCUAGCGACCCCGGAACAACUCUCCAACUCGUCCUCCUCCAUCGACGGGGUCGCCCCCGACCUCGAGGCCUCAAUCCGCUUCGCCGGGGCCCUUCUCACGCAGGCAGCAGGAGUGUACCUCCGGCUACCGCAGGACAUCAUCGCGCAGGCCAUUGUCACAUUCACGCGGUUCUGGAUCGGAGCCGACGGAGGGAGUCUUCGGAUAUACAACGUGCAGGAUAUCUCCGCCGCGGCCCUGUACCUCACAGCCAAACUGAGCUUCCAGCCGACCUCGCCGCGCUCCAUCCUCAACGUCUACGGCUUCCUCCUGUCCAAAGAAGCGUCGCCGCUGUGGUGCACGAACCCGAGCCCCGUGACCAAGGAACCGCCGAAUCCGGAGACCUACGUGCUCACGGAGGGCCAGUACCAGGCGCGGCGGCUGGGGCUGAUGCGCACGGAGGCGCGCAUCCUGCGGACGCUGGGGUUCAACACGCACGUCGCGCUGCCGCACACGGUGUCGCUGACGUACCUGCAGACGCUGGGGGUGGCGGCGCCGGCGGUGGCGCGGCGGGUGUUCGAGCACCUGAACGCGGCGCUCCUGUCGCCGCAGCUGCUGUACGUGACGCACCAGCCGAAUGCGCUGGCGGUGGCGGCGAUCUACCUGGCGGCGCGGGAGGAAGGGGUUAAGCUGGUGAACAGCGAGUGGUGGGAGGUGUUCGAUGUGGAUCGCGAGGAGCUGGGGUUCCUGGUGGUGGCGAUGCGCAGUAUGGAGGGUUUCGCGAGGGCGGAGUUGGAGAAGUGGAAGGGGCGGGCGGUGCCGAUGACGGUCGAGGAGGUGGAGGCGGAGAUUGAGCGGAGGCGCGUGGAGGGGGAGUGAAUCGAGGUGGUGGUCUGCGCGGAUUGAAGCUAUUCCUUCCACAUCAUGAGAAAGAGCACAGCUUGCUAGCUGGCUUGAGACUCGAGCCCACUGCUGGAGACCGGCGGAGAGCGGUCGAGCGUCCAAGGUCCAGGCCUGGGAUCGGGUCCGGCUUGCAAAGAACAAGAGUCCCCCGAGGGUCCUCACCUGCCCGGCUGCCAGCCGGAGAAGCCCUGUUAUCGGCUGGAAAGCGAUGGGACCUAUUCGUGUCGCCGUAGCGGCGCUACGAAUCCGGGAGGUGGCGCCCUCGGAUCGGGGAUGCACCAGCUGGAGAGGCAAGCUAGACCUAGGCCAGAAUGGUGUGAGUAGUAGAUGAUCAGAGAAAGUGAAAUGAGGU